GCCCUCGGGGCCGGAUCUCGUCUCGCUGAGGCGGAGGAGGAGAAGGAGGAGGAGGAGGACGUUCGGCCUGCGCAGUGAGAUGUUUGUCCGUCGCCGCCGCCGCCGCCAUCGCGGAGGAGCGCGAUAAAGGCCGCCGAGCCGGGCGUGAGGGGCGCCCCGCGGAGCCGCCGCGCCGGCGCAGCGCCUCGGCCGAGCCCGCCGAGCCGCGGGAGCCGCCGGAGCCCGAGCCCCGAGCCCGAGCCCCGGCCCGAGCCCAGCCGCCGCGUCCGCGGCCGGCCAGCCGCCCAGCUCCGCCCGGGGGCCGCGCCGCCGCCGCCCCCAGCGUCGCCCCCCGCCUGCCCAGCCGCCCUUCGAUGUGACACCGGCGCCUCGGAGUGAGAGCCGCAGCCGCCGCCGGGGACGGGGCCGAGCACCAUGUCGAAUCUGAGCAAAGGCACGGGCAGCCGGAAGGACACCAAGAUGCGGAUCCGGGCCUUUCCGAUGACCAUGGAUGAAAAAUAUGUAAACAGCAUUUGGGACCUUCUGAAAAAUGCAAUUCAAGAAAUCCAGCGUAAGAAUAACAGUGGUCUUAGCUUUGAGGAGCUCUAUAGAAAUGCAUAUACAAUGGUUUUGCAUAAACAUGGAGAAAAGCUCUACACUGGACUAAGAGAAGUUGUUACGGAACAUCUCAUAAAUAAGGUGCGAGAAGAUGUACUAAAUUCAUUGAAUAACAACUUUCUUCAAACACUAAACCAAGCUUGGAAUGAUCAUCAAACAGCUAUGGUGAUGAUUAGAGACAUAUUAAUGUAUAUGGACCGUGUGUAUGUACAACAAAAUAAUGUGGAGAAUGUCUACAAUUUGGGAUUAAUUAUUUUUCGAGACCAAGUAGUACGUUACGGGUGUAUUAGGGAUCAUCUUCGGCAAACUCUAUUGGAUAUGAUUGCAAGAGAGCGUAAAGGAGAAGUUGUAGACAGAGGCGCAAUAAGAAAUGCUUGCCAGAUGUUAAUGAUUUUAGGUCUCGAAGGAAGAUCAGUCUAUGAAGAAGAUUUUGAGGCUCCUUUUUUGGAAAUGUCUGCAGAAUUUUUUCAGAUGGAAAGCCAGAAAUUCUUAGCAGAAAACAGUGCUUCCGUAUAUAUAAAGAAAGUAGAAGCUAGAAUUAAUGAAGAAAUAGAACGAGUGAUGCACUGUCUUGACAAAUCAACUGAAGAGCCAAUUGUGAAGGUGGUUGAGAGGGAACUCAUUUCCAAGCAUAUGAAGACCAUUGUAGAAAUGGAGAAUUCUGGCCUAGUACAUAUGUUGAAAAAUGGAAAAACAGAAGACCUUGCUUGCAUGUACAAGCUAUUUAGUCGUGUGCCAAAUGGUUUGAAAACAAUGUGUGAAUGUAUGAGUUCCUAUUUGAGGGAGCAAGGAAAAGCCCUUGUUUCUGAGGAAGGAGAAGGAAAAAAUCCUGUUGACUAUAUCCAGGGCCUCUUGGAUCUGAAGAGUAGGUUUGAUCGCUUCCUCCAGGAAUCAUUUAAUAAUGACCGGCUCUUUAAACAAACUAUUGCGGGUGACUUUGAGUAUUUUCUGAACCUCAACUCCAGGUCUCCGGAAUACCUCUCAUUAUUUAUUGAUGAUAAGCUGAAAAAGGGAGUAAAAGGGCUGACCGAACAAGAAGUAGAAACAAUAUUGGAUAAAGCAAUGGUCCUUUUUAGGUUUAUGCAAGAAAAAGAUGUAUUUGAACGUUACUAUAAACAACACUUGGCAAGGAGACUGCUCACAAAUAAAAGUGUUUCUGAUGACUCUGAAAAAAACAUGAUAUCCAAGCUAAAGACUGAAUGUGGCUGUCAGUUCACAUCAAAACUGGAAGGAAUGUUUAGGGAUAUGAGCAUCUCAAACACAACUAUGGAUGAAUUCCGGCAGCAUCUACAGGCAACAGGCGUGUCCUUAGGCGGUGUUGACCUCACAGUCCGGGUGCUCACAACAGGGUAUUGGCCUACCCAGUCAGCCACACCAAAGUGCAACAUCCCACCAGCACCAAGACAUGCUUUUGAGAUAUUCCGAAGGUUCUACCUAGCUAAACACAGCGGCCGUCAGCUCACACUCCAGCAUCAUAUGGGUUCUGCAGAUCUCAAUGCUACUUUUUAUGGGCCAGUUAAAAAGGAAGAUGGAUCUGAAGUUGGUGUUGGAGGUGCUCAAGUAACUGGCUCUAAUACUCGGAAGCACAUUUUGCAAGUUUCCACUUUCCAGAUGACCAUAUUAAUGCUUUUUAACAAUAGAGAAAAAUAUACAUUUGAGGAAAUUCAACAAGAGACAGAUAUCCCUGAAAGAGAGCUUGUUAGAGCCCUCCAGUCCCUCGCCUGUGGUAAACCAACACAGCGGGUUCUCACCAAAGAGCCCAAGUCAAAGGAAAUAGAGAAUGGUCACAUAUUUACAGUUAACGAUCAGUUCACCUCCAAACUACACAGAGUCAAGAUUCAAACAGUUGCUGCCAAACAAGGCGAAUCUGAUCCAGAAAGGAAAGAAACAAGGCAGAAGGUAGACGACGACAGAAAGCAUGAGAUCGAAGCUGCUAUAGUGCGGAUAAUGAAGUCCAGGAAGAAGAUGCAGCACAACGUUCUAGUAGCAGAGGUAACUCAACAGUUGAAGGCUCGAUUCUUACCAAGCCCAGUUGUUAUUAAGAAACGUAUUGAAGGACUAAUUGAAAGAGAAUAUUUGGCACGAACACCUGAGGAUCGCAAAGUGUACACAUAUGUAGCAUAAAAUGCGUCCAGAUGUUUGAUUUACUCUUGAACUGUGCUCUUCGCAUGGACUGGGAAGUUCUUUUAAAUCAUUACUGUUAAGACGACCAUCUCUUCUAUUAAAUUACAGUACAUGUUCUAGACCAUUCAGAUCAAGCCUUUACUCCCUUGGAGAGUUUUCAACAUCAGUUGAUUGAGCUUCAGGCUUUACAACGUUAUCCCUGUAGAGAUCAUCUUUACAGUUCCUCGGGAAAAUGUGAAUGUGCCGCGUUUUGUUUUCAAUACUGUAUGAAAACAGGAAAAAAUAAAACAAAAUUUAGAAAAUACAGCUCAUUAAAAUAAAAUUGUUGAAUUUCAUUUC